GGUGGCUGCAUCGAAGGGUAGCAUCGAUCCAACCACCAUGAGAGCUUCAAUUGAGAGUCUCUCUUCCUCCUUUACAAACUUCCGUUCAGCAACAUCAUGGUUCGAGGUGUAUGCUGCCUUCUCCACAUUUAUGAUGAUUCUAAGAACCGCAAUGAACGAUCUCAUACCCCAACAAGUUCGUUUAUUCAUCACCUCAAAGCUAAAAGCUUUCUUCUCAGACCGCCAAAACAGUCAUCAAGUCUCACUUCAGAUCAACCAGUUUUGGGAAGGCCAAACCAACCAACUCUUCCAAGCGGCCCAAGAGUAUCUCCCAGCUAGAAUAACCCACACCUACAAAUCCCUCAAAGUUGGCAAGCUACCAAAGCAUAAGAGCGUAGUAGUGGCUGUGGAUGGAAAACAAGAGGUUGCGGAUGAAUUUGAAGACAUCAAGCUCAAGUGGAAGCUUAUUGAAAGUAGUUACAAAAGGGAUCAUCCUGAACAUCCCAAGUCAAACGAGCAACUUUCCUUUACGCUAAGCUUUGAUGAGAAACAUAGAGAUAAAGUAAUGAACAAGUAUAUUCCACAUGUUCUAAGCACUCACGAGGUCAUCAAAGCAAAGCAAAGGACGAUAAAGAUCCAUUCCAUGAUCUCUAGGCACUGGCAGAAAAGUGACUUAACACACCCAGCUUCAUUUGACUCGCUUGCAUUGGAUCCUGAGCAAAAGCAGGCAAUUAUUGAUGAUUUAGAUAGGUUUUUGAGGAGGAAGGAAUUGUAUAAGAAAGUGGGUAAGCCUUGGAAACGUGGGUACCUUUUGUAUGGGCCUCCGGGAACAGGAAAAUCUAGUCUUAUUGCAGCUAUGGCUAACUACUUGAAAUUUGAUGUGUAUGAUUUGGAGCUAAGCUCUGUGUAUUCUAACUCCGACCUCAUGCGAGCCUUGAGGGACACAUCUAACCGUUCCAUCGUCGUCAUCGAAGACAUAGACUGCAACAAAGAGGUUCUUGCUCGACCAAACACAGACACUUAUUCAGAUCCAGAUUCUGAUUCUGACUCCAAGCCUGUCAAGGUUAAGAGUAGGCUUACUCUGUCUGGUCUGCUUAACCACAUGGAUGGAUUGUGGUCAAGUGGUGGAGAGGAACGAAUUAUAAUAUUCACUACUAACCACAAAGAAAGAAUAGACCCAGCAUUGCUGCGGCCAGGUCGUAUGGACAUGCACAUUAACUUGUCCUUCCUAAAAGCCAAGGCAUUUAGAAUCUUAGCUUUGAAUUAUUUGGGCAUUGAGGGAGAUCAUCCACUCUUUGAACAAAUCGAAGGCCUAUUGGACAAAAUACAAGUCACCCCUGCAGUUGUUGCAGAGCAACUAAUGAGGAAUGAGGAUCCUGACGUUGCUUUGGAAGCACUUGUUAAAUUUCUCGAGGAAAUGUAUGUGAACACCCUACUUUUAGAAUCAUGA